AAAGGUUAAUGCUUUGCACCAACCGGCUUACCCUUUCUUAAGACUCUCAGACCUCUUACUCCUCUGAGUUCGCUACUUCACUUACGCACACACGACUCUCUGUCUCUCUCUCUCGCUCUCUUCUUCCUUUCUCUGUAUCAGGAAGGAUGAACAAACAAGAUGUCAUGAAGAUGCAGACGUGUGCUCUCAGAGUGAACAUACACUGUGAGGGAUGUAAGCACAAAGUCAAAAAACUGCUGAAGAAGACUGAGGGAGUGUGCUCGAUUAGUAUAGAUGCAGAGCAAGGCAAGGUAACAGUGACUGGUUCGGUAGAUCCGUACACGCUCAUCAAGAAGCUUGAGAAGUCUGGGAAACAUGCGGAGCUCUGGGGAGGAUCAGGAGGAGCCAAGAACAACAAGAACAACAACAGCGACAACCAUCAAUUCAACCAAAACCUUCUCAAUCUCAACCACCAGUUCAACAACUUGCAAAUGGAGAACGCCAAAGGAGGCAAAGACAACAAGUCUCAAAAGGGUAACAAUGGGAAGGACCAGCAAAUGGGUGGAAACAUCCAACAGCAGCUGGCUCAGCUGCAGCAGCUGUACAUGAAGGGUGGUGCUAAAGAUCUGAAGCUCCCUUCCAAGGAACAGAAGACUGUCAGGUUCAACUUGGCUGAGGAUGAUUUUGGGGCGAGUGAGGAUGAUUUUGACGAUGAAUUUGAUGAUGAAUGUGAUGACGAGUUUUACGAUGAAUCGUAUGAUGAUGAGUUUGGGGAGGAGUUUGGCCGUGGCCAUCACCAUGUUCCUUCGAAGCAAGCCAAGAUGGGUGGGGGCGGUGGUGCACAGGGACAUCAAGGGCCUAAAGGUAAAGGCGAUAAAAAAGGCGGCGGCGGCAAAGGGGGGAAAGGCGGCGGCGGCGGCGGCGUCGGCAAACCCAAGAAAGGCAGUGUCUUCGACAUACAGGGAUUGAUGAAGGUGUUUGGUGGUGGAAAAGGCAGUGGUGGGGAUGGGAAAAAGGGUAAGGAGGGAAAGAAAAAUGACGGUCAAAACGGUGGCAAGAACAAAGGAGGAGGAGGUGGUGGUAAAAAUGGAGGCAAAAAUGGUGGUGACUUGCUAGGAAAUGGUGGCAAGAAUGGAUUCAACGAAGGGUCCGGCAAGAAGAACAAGGGCAGCAAUAACGGCGGCGGCAAGGGAGGUGGUGGUGGCGGUAAAAAAGGGGGAGGAGGAGGAGGAGGAGUGGGUGAUGGGGCCUACGCUAUGAGUAAGAUGCAACCUGGAUUCCUCCAAGACAUGGACGUCCCUAAUCAUGGCAAGGCCAGAGGUGGUAAUGGUUUUGUGGGCCCAAUGGGGCCCAUGGGCCAGAUGGGAAAUUACCCAAUGGGCCAGAUGGGCCACAUCCCGGCCGUGCAAGGGCUACCGAUGAAUGGCGGGUACCAUCAAGGAGUGGGCCAGGGUAAUCCGUACAGCCAGCAACAGUACAUGGCCAUGAUGAUGAAUCAACAGGCCCAAGCCCAGGCCCAGGCCCAGGCCAUGGCCCACCAGGCGCAGGGGAGCAACAUGUUCCAGCCGAUGAUGUACGCUCGGCCGCACGCGCCGGUAGGGUAUGUGCCACCGAUGCUGCCCCCGGCUUCGGAUCCGUACGUCCACAUGUUCAGCGACGAGAACACGGGCAGUUGCAGCAUCAUGUAAAUUUAGUGGGCCGAUGCUGGUGUAGUAGUAGGAGUGGGGGAGUGUAGUAGUAGUAGUGCCUUCUUUAGGAUUUCAAUUUUGUCGUGUUAGGUGUUGUGCGCUUCUUAUGAAGAAGUGUCUUUUGGUUGCAAGGAGAGUGCCAAGGUCUUUGAAAAGUAACCAUAGCUCAUGUUUACCAAUUAAGAAUUCAGCAUCAAAUUUCUCUAAUCUCGGCUCUUUGGUUU